CUAAGAACGACCUACCAUCUGUAAGAUCCCUCUCAUCUUUCGCCCCCCGUCGAGCCUCGCCGCACGCCGGGAACCACUUAGUGUAUGGCGUGGUUAUUGUUAUUUCCUUGAUACGAAAGGGAACUUACCUAGAGACCCAAUUCGGUAGGUUGGAUACUCGGUAGUAUUGAUCCGUAUUGUCUGAACCCCAUACGACACGCCCACACAUGCAUACCAUGCAUACCAUACAUACCCGUACAUACCCUACAUAGUACCUAGACCCAGACCUAGUAACAUCACACCCUAUCGCCCCCGGCACCCAGCACAAACGUACCUACCUAACAUAAGUUCCCGAUAGUGCGGGCCGUCCUGGGCCUUUUUUUAGCAUAAAUCCCACGUUCCCCUUCGCUGCCACCCUCUCUUGACCACUUCUUGCUUUCUCUGUUUUCUAGUACCGCAUUCAUCUGCGCAACUGCGAAGCCGUCUAGAGACAAUGGGCAACGCAGCGGACCUAGUCGAGCGUGCCUCGGGCACUAGCUCACCCAUUGACGAGGAGAAGAUGACAAAGACGCCUCCGGGUGAUGCCCACAACGCAUACCUCGACCCUUCUAUAAUGGAGGCCGACUACGAGGGCAAGCCGACCGAGGAGGACUUCAAAACUCUUCGUCGAGUUCCCGGCAGUCUGCCUGUCGUCGCCUAUCUCAUCUGCAUAGUAGAGUUCUGUGAAAGAGCUUCUUACUAUGGUGUCCAGCCCCUAAUUAGCAACUAUGUUAACCGACCCUUACCCGAGGGUGGAAACGGUUGGGGAGCGCCCCCGCAAGGGACCCAGCAAACCGCCGGUGCUCUAGGACUCGGAACCGUCACCGCAAACGCCGUCACCCAGUCCUUCAGUAUGUUGGCCUAUGCCCUACCCCUGCUUUUCGGUUGGCUUGCCGAUGCAAAGACCGGACGUUUCAGCCUUAUCUGCUGGGGUGUCGCUGUCUUCGGUGUUGCCCACGUCUUGAUGGUUGCCGCUGGCGCCAAAGACCUUCUAGCGGCCGGCACGGCCAAGGUCCCCUACUUCCUCUCUGUGUAUAUCCUCUCGAUUGGUGCUGCUAUGUUCAAGCCCAAUGUUUCUCCCCUUCUGCUCGACCAAAUGACGACGACUGUUCCCAAGGUUGUAACUUUGUCCUCUGGCGAGCGCGUGAUUCAAGACCCGGAAUCCACAACCGAACGAGUUAUGCUUUGGUUUUACCUCCUGAUUAACAUCGGUGGUUUCAUGGGAGUUGCUACAUCAUACUCGGAGAAGUAUGUGGGCUGGUGGCUUGCGUUCCUUAUCCCUCUUCUGCUUUACCUUCCUCUUCCGAUUCUUCUCUGGUUCCUCUACAAGAGAUUGAUCCUUCACCCUCCUGGCGGAAGCGACUUGGGUAACGUUUUCCGCGUUCUUGGCAUUUGCUUCCGUCGUGGUGGUAUCAGAAAGUUCGGUCGUGCUGGUUUCUGGGAUUUGGCCAAGCCGUCGCAUAUCGAAGCUUCAGGCCUCAACUACAAGACUUACUGGAACGACGAAUUCGUCGAUGAUGUGCGACGAACAUUCCAAGCUACCGGUAUUUUCUGCUUCUUCCCGAUUCAGUACAUUAACGACAACGGUCUCGGUUCUGCCGCUAGUUUCCUGAGCACUAUGUUGACAACUAACGGUGUUCCCAACGACGUUAUCAACAACUUCAACUCGUUGAGUAUCAUUGCGAUGGCUCCAGUUCUAAACUACGGCUUGUACCCUCUCUUACGGAGAAUGAACAUCCACUAUGGCCCUGUUGCCCGCAUCACCACUGGUUUGGCCAUGUCCUCGCUUGGCGGUGCUGGAUAUGCCAUUCUAAACUAUUACGCCUACCAGCAGUCUCCUUGCGGCGAGUAUGGUUCCAGCAACUGUCUCGACGGUCUUGGCGUGGCCCCCAUCAGCAUUUGGUGGAUGGCUAUUCCGUUUGCCGUGGGUGGUAUAUCCGAGUUGUUCGUUAACGUGCCUGCCUACGGUAUCGCUUAUUCGCGUGCUCCUGUCAACAUGCGUGGUCUAGUGUCUGCAUUGAACUUAUUCAACACGGCCGUUGCUUAUGCUAUCGGUUUGGCCUGCUCUUCUGUCGUUACAGACCCGUACUUAACUUGGGAUUUCGGAGGCCCGGCCAUCGCUGGUGGUGUUCUCACCAUUGUCUUCUACUUUACUUUCCGCCAUAUUGACAAGGAGGAGUACGUCCUCAGCCACAACAAGGACUACCACCUUAAGCUUGAGGGUACUGUUAAUGUUGUCGGCGAGAACGAACUCAACAAAUCUGCCAACCGCCCCGCGCCUAUUGCCGAUAACGAGGAGAUGAUGAUAUCACAAAAGCAGUAAGGGUUUUUUUUGUUUGCUCGGACGUUUCCGUUGACGUGCAUGUUGUAUGUGUAUUAUGGGUUGCCAGCGUUGAUGUUUGGCAGGCGGGUGCCAUUAAAAAAAAAAAAAAACGAAGCAUAAUGACGGUCAUGUCUAGCGUCUGUAAUGACCCCUAUAUUGGGAUGAGAGCACCUAAUAUUUGUGGACGGCUAUAACAACAAAAUAUAAUGUACAUUAAA